AGAGGCCACCACACGGCGUGAUGUACUGAGUGAAAUGCCUGGGGAAUGUCGAUUGUUCGUCUGACACAAUGCUCGCCGCUUCAUGUCCCUCUUUGGCUCCUUUUCCCGCAACCAGAGCGGAAUCUCUCUGCAGACACAGACGACAACUGCCUCAAUUAUGACAGCCCUGUGUCCACGCCGCAACCACUGUCUGUCCGCCAAUUCCUUCGACCACGACCGUCAUCGCCAUCGACGAGACCUCCACAUCCUCUCUAGACGACCCGCGCCACACCCUCUGACCCCCGAGUCUGCCGAGUCCCUUUUUCUCGACGCUCUUGCUCGCGCGAGCUUGUGCCGGAAACAUGCUCGCCCUAUAUCAUACCACAACCGCCCUACCCCUAACACGAGUACCACAUCCCGCCCGCAACGCUUUACCACUCAGUCGUCGAGAAACAAGCCUCCCCAAUCUGAAGCCAUUGCUCUCACCCCAGAAGACUCCUCCGAGCCCACAACUAUCCAAAUCCCGCGCGAACAGCUACGCUCCAUAGUCGAUCAGUAUGACUUUGCUGGCUAUCAGGAAGAUCCUCCUCCGAAUUCGAAUACCGACCAUCGCUCUCCAACCGAAGUCAACGUCUUCUCUUCGGCCACAAUACCAGACCGGAAUCCACUUGUCGCCAAUUCUUUGUUAGACAAGCAAGCCAUUGACCAGUUUAGUCUUACUAUUGAGGACAGGGACGUACCGAACACUCUUCUAUACAAUGCUUACAGAGCCAUACCACAACCGCGCCCGCAGUACCUCGAAAACGAUCAAAUCCGACUACUGAUGCAUCGCUUGAGUGUCGUCGAAUACAAAGACGAGCAUACCAUGCAGCGAUACCUCUCAGUUGUCGACGACUUGUUCGCUGCAGAUAUUCCCAUGACGAGGUUCGAAUGGAACAGCGCCAUGAGCUUUGCUAGUCGCUAUCUUCGCAAAGUUGGCGAUGUGCAGGUCGACACUGCCACCCAGAUCUGGUUACGUAUGGAGAAAGAGGCCGGUAUUGCAAGUAGUGCUGCUACAUUCAGCAUCUUGUUUGAUGUCGCCACAAAAGCCGGCAAAUUUGCUCUCGCCGAUAUGGUGGUCAAGGAAAUGAUGCAACGGAAUAUCGAGCCCAGCCGCUAUUUUCGCACCAACCAGAUAUAUUGUCAUGGCAUGAAACGAGACGGUGCUGCUGUUAGGAAAGCAUACCAGGACUUUGUCGAUUCUGGAGAGAUUGUCGACACACUUGUCCUCAAUUGUGUCAUUGCCAGCUUGGUCAACGCUGGUGAGGCUUCUGCCGCCGAGCACAUCUUUGAGAAGAUGAAGAUACUGGGCCUAGAGAACACCAGCGCUGCAAAGAUCGAAGGGUGGAGAGCUCAGCGCAAACUUGGGAGAGUUCUGAAUCGAGCGGGCAAAAGUCUGCGUGAGAUACCGGAGAGACGCAGCGUUGUGCAGAACGUGACUCCGAUAAAACCCAACUUGCACACCUAUCGCUUGUUGAUCAAGUACCAUGCUCACGAAUCUGGAAAUAUCGACCGUAUCAGUGAGCUGCUUGACGAGAUGCAACAAAGCGCUAUUCACAUUCACGGAUCUGUUUUCUAUCAGAUCAUUCGCGGUUUCAGCAUCCACGGAGGUAUCCGCUACUCCUCUUGGAACAAGAAGAAAUUGGACAGCUUCUGGGAUGUAUUCUGCCAAUUUGUCGAGAGGGACCGGGAGGCUGAGCAGAAACACACCGAAUGGAGGUCAGAAGAAGACAGGGGCUGCUACAUUAGCAUCUCUAUGGUCAAAGCCACUCUGAAUGCCUACCACAAGGUCACGGGCCCAGAGAAUACCAGAAAGGUCUGGCAAGAGAUCAAGGAAGUCUGGAAGCCGGACGAACAUGACGAAGAGGCUGUAAAUACAGGAUUGGAAUAUGCGCUCGGUUGAAACAAGGCCUCCGCGAGGAUUGUAACAAUAAAUGUAAACCUUCAUGUACAAACGAAUUUUAAGGAUAAAGAGAUUUUCCUGUGAGAUACAGGGAAGCUGUGAGGAGCUCAUUGAUUCAAUCAACUUCGCGAACUUGUGCAUGCAGGC